ACCAGCAUUUUAGCUAGCUUUGCUAAUUCCUCUUACUAAAUAUAGUAGUUUCUUUGAUCGAAGUGUUCAUGGCUUUCGUCCUUCGAAACAUGUUCUCUCUUUUAACUUUUGUAGCCACAUUUUCUCUGUUAUUCAACUCCUGUUACUGCUUCUACCCUAAGCUCCUUAAUGCUUCCUUGGCAGCAACUGAGUCUGAUUGGUCCCCAGCCGGAGCAACGUGGUAUGGCAGCCCCACAGGGGCUGGAAGUGAUGGUGGAGCUUGUGGGUAUGGGGCUGCUGUGGAGCAAGCCCCAUUUUCUGCAAUGGUGUCGGCUGGAGGUCCUUCCAUAUUCAAAUCUGGCAAAGGAUGUGGAGCCUGUUAUGAGGUCAAGUGCACAACAAAUUCAGCGUGCUCGGAAAAUCCUGUGAGUGUAGUUAUCACCGAUGAAUGCCCUGGCUGUGUCUCGGAGUCCGUUCAUUUUGAUUUAAGUGGUACUGCUUUUGGUGCCAUGGCAAAGUCUGGCCAGGGUGAACAACUCCGUAACGCUGGAGUCUUGCAGAUUCAAUAUAGAAAAGUGAAAUGUAACUACCCCGGAAAGACCAUUGCCUUUCACGUUGAUGCCGGCUCGAACCCUAACUAUUUCGCCACCUUAGUUGAAUAUGAAAAUGGAGAUGGUGACCUUGGUUCUGUUGACCUCAAACAGGCGCUUGACUCUGACUCCUGGGUUCCCAUGCAACAAUCCUGGGGUGCAGUUUGGAAACUCGACUCCGGCUCGAGGUUGCGGGCUCCGUUCUCCAUCAGGCUAACAUCACUUGACUCUCGCCAGACCCUCGUGGCAACCGGUGUCAUUCCUGCUGGUUGGGAACCCGGACAAACCUAUAGAUCAGUCGUUAAUUUUAAUGGCUAAGGCCCGCCCCUCUAUCUAUACGCUUGUAUUCCUCGUUUAGUACUCUACUGUUGGCGAGUUUUUAGUCAACGUGAAGAUAUUCUUCCAUGUCUUAAUUGCUUGAUUAUGUAUGCGAAUGGGAGAAUUAUUAAUAAAAUAUAGUUGAUAGCCUUGUUUGACUAGCUA